AUUUUUAAAACUCCAAUGGGUAGAACCCCAUUGGAAGUGCUCUAAGGCGGCAGCUAAAGGGUUAUUGUCCAACACUCUUGUUACUAUCGCGAGAUUAGGUUGUCCAUGUACAUUCCUUCAUCACCGCAGGGUCCUAGCUGCGAAAUUAUUUUGUACCUUUUAAUAUUUAUAUUUAUCUAAUGUUGAAAAUAUUUUUAAAAUUUAAUCAGUAAUACUGUGUAUAUUUUUUGAUGAAAAUAAAACUAUAUAUAUACAAAAUAUUUUUUGGGCUUUUUUCAAUUUAAUUUAUUAUAUUUUUUUAAUAAAAAUAUAGAUUUAUAAAAGAUUGGGUUCUUUAAUUAUUAAUAUAUGGAGGAUACAUGCUUGGGUCCGGGAGGAUCACACAAUUUGUCUCCUCUAUUCAGCCGGCCAUGUCUCCGUGCGUGCCAUAUGACAUGUAAUGCUGGAGACACAUACACAUCAGAGAUCUUUACACGAUAUUGAUAUAAUGUGUUUUUGGCACAUUAUAUGUAUGUCUUACUAAUAGUUUUCAAGGUUUUAUCGAGUUUUUUUAGUCCCUUUUCGAGUCAUAACAUGUCUAGAGUUGCAUUGGAUGAGAAAUGGCCCAGCUAAAAGAAAAGAAGAGAAAAAAGUAUGAAUUGGAGUCUUUCGCGCAGAACAGUCGACCGGAGCAGCCUGACUGCCUGCUCCAGCGACAGAGAUAAAAAAAAAAGUUUCCAAAUAUUUCGGGAUUUGCCCUAGAUUUCCUAUUUCUUUCCUAUAGCCGCAUGUGGCUCCCGUAUAUACAGUCUCCUAUUUAUUAUUUUAGACCUACCUUAGUUUUUACGCAAGAAAAGACCUGUGAGAGCUUUGAUUUUAGCGAUUUGCUACUUGUAAGGGAGAAGGCCUCAUCUAUCUCAUAGAGAAGAUUAUCCUGAACCCUCUGAUUUCUUUGAUCUAUUAUAUGCAGUAUUAUUCAGAAAUCAUGCUUCUCUGUUCUUGUGUUAUGUCUGAGUAGUCACCGAGUUAGUUUAGGGUUCUAGGGUUUUGGAUUCGUAAGCUGAAGCAUAAAUAAGUCAUCUAAAGAUUGUCUACAUUCAUAUCUGUUCUUAUUGCUUGCAUUGAACCGAUCACUUAGUGCAUGAAUUAGGGUUAAUCAAUAUAGCUAGCCGUUAAUUGAUAACUUGAUAUGAUUUGAAUGAGCUUUGCAUCCCUAGUCAGCGAGAGUAGAUAUUAAGGUGUAUCGUGAACAUAUCGGACUUGAUCUCUAAAGCUUGCUAUCACAUCUUGAUCCAAACGAGAGUUUAGGCAUCAAGACCAAUUUGCAAAGGAAUCAAUACCACGAGAGUGGGUUUAUUCAACCUGAGUGAUUCGAGUUUAGACUUGUUGUUAGGGGAUUUUUGUGUAGGCUCUUUGUGAGUACUACGGAACGAUGGAUAGGCUGGUAAACCGGGUGAGUUUUUGUAUGUAUUUCGUGAGGAUUUUGAGAGGAUAAUAAAGAGAUAGGCUUGAAGAGACUUUUAUUAGAUAGAACAAGCAAGAUUACAAGGUAUUGAGUAGGAACCCUAAUUCUAGCCGUCUAGUCUUGGUCUCUAAGUCUUGGAAAAGUCGAUCCCUUGCUUUAGGGUUUUAGUAGCUCUUAUAUAGUCGUCUGGGAGUCGGUUCCAUUAGGUUAAACUCUUCCAUAUUCGGAAAUAUGGAAGGUUCUCCUUAUCGGAAGUUUUCUAUUUCUUGGAAGGGAGCUCGGUUCCAGGGACCGAACUCGGGGUUCCUUCUAGCGGGGACCUGGAGCCUUCCCUUAUCGGGGACCCGAGGAUCUGGGUCCUGCCUGAAGGCUGGAGGAAAUGAUACCGGAGUAUUUUUCCCCAACAGUUUGCCUCUUAUUUCUCGAUUUCGUCGUCGAAGUCGGGGAAUAACCUGUGCACUCAAGUUAACUAAGGUUUCUCAUUCUCAGCAGGCUCCCCUUAGGCAAGACCCGUUCCAUUGAUCUUGCUAUCCUGGGUUCCACUCAAGCCGGAACUCAUUCUGAACCCAGGUGAGGAUCGACUCCUUCGUGUUUGACCGGAGUCUAGUAGUAGUUUCUCUUAUCUUCUGGAGAUGACGAGGCUGGAGCUCUGGAUUUUGAACCGCGCGCGGGCUGGAGAGAGUUCUUGCUGGGAGAAUCCAGGGAUCUUUGAGGCUAUGAUCCUUUGCUUUGAGGAAAGGCGGGAGUGCUACGGAGUCGAUGCUUCGACUCUGCAAAUGAGAGAGUUCCUAUUGGAGAGGACCGAGGCUUCUUAAGGGUGAGAUUCCCCGAGCUGGGGAAAUAGUAAGGGGCACCCUUACGGUCCCCGUAUUUUGGUCCAAAAGUUUGGCGGGAAAAGGGGGAGCUCUUCGAUGUUUGUCUCGAGAUUCGUAUUCACGCGUGGUCUUUCCCCCGACGCGGGUAAAGUGUUUCUAGGGUUUUCGAUUCUACCCCUCCGAUUCCUCCUCCUGAUUCCUUUAGUUUCCUUUUCUCUCCCUCUCGAAGAUUUCUUGCGAUCUCCAUAUCUCGACUUGGGUCCUCAUUCUGCAGGUAACUUCUUCUUCUCUUUCGCCUACUUUUAGAUCAUUUUUUCUUUCCGCUCUUGAGAUGAGGACUGAGUCGGGUCUCUCUCCAGAUUCUUCUUCCAUAGGUAGUAGAGUUAGAUCUAGUAGAUCGAGGGUUGCUUCGACGGAAUCUAUGGAUUCUUCUGAUUCUUCUCUGGAUCUGACCGCCAAAAUGAAAAAUCCCAAAGCUAUCGUUGCUAAGAGAGCUUCACCGGUAGGGGGAGCUGAUAUCCUCCGAUUGGCCCUCCUUCGGUGAGAGGGACUGAGGAGGUCGCGGUUUGGAGGAAGAAGUACGAGCUCCCUGAUGAUGUUGCUGUUCGAGUACCUGAUCCAGAAGACAGGGUUUCUGAUUUCGGUGUGGAUGAGGUUCCUGUCUACGAGGGUUACUUCGCGUAUGGGUUCAGGGAUCAAAUUCCCUCAUUGGUAGCUAAGAUGUCCGAAACCCUAGGGAUUUCCCCAGGUCAACUAAACCCUUCGGCUUGGAGGACUUUAAUAGAUCUGCAUAAUUUAGGUGACCUCAACGGACUUGUGAUUGGAGUGGCUGAGGUCCUGUUUUCUUACUCUGUCUCUCCUCUAGGUGGCGCAGAGUGGAGGUAUCACCUUCAUCCUCGAGGCAAGGAGCCCCCAGUUCGGGAAAUUCUCAAGAAGGAGAGAAAACGGCUUCCGGCCUUUGAGGAAACUGGACGGAAAAAUUUGCCUUUAUGCACCUCCCGGGCUUUUCCUCUAUUUGGCGAUUGGAGGGUAGGCUAGUCGUAGGAACCAAGAAGGUUAUCUAGAUACUAGGAUACUAACGAGUUUUUGUCCUUUUGAUGCAGAUUUGCCUCGUGUUGACUAUUCUUCGGGGAAGGAUACCAUCGAGCAGGUGUUGAAGCUUCCUCUCGAGCGACGUCAGAUUCCUUUUCUCGUGAGCAAAGCAGCACUAAAGCGUUGCAGUAUCUGGGGUGAGAUGUCAGGAUCCAAGGGUGACGAGGCUCUGGCAGAGUACAAGAAGGCCCUUGAGGUGAUGUCCGCAAGGAAAGCUGCCCCCAAGCGAGUUUCUCCUACCAAAGACGAUGACGAGGUGCAGAUUAUCAGGAGUAGGAAACGUCAGGCGGUUGCUGCUGCAGCUCCUUCCUCUUCCAAGAAGAAAUCCAAGGCGUCAGGCUCUUCUCCUAAAGUUUCUCCCUCUGCCCCUUAUGACUGGGCCACAGUGCUCACCAACCUCAACGCGAAGGUGUUCCCUUCGACUCCGGUGCUUCUGGCAUCGGAAGAAGAUUCUUCCAUGGCUAUUCAGUCGCUUCAGGGUGACUUGCUUCAGGUGGCGUCUCAACUAUACCAUCUCGGGGAGAGGACGGAAGGUGUAGCUUCUACAAAUGUUGAGAUGGAUACUCUGGCCUCCUAGCUGCGCGAGGAAAAAGAUGCUUCUAUAGCCAAGGACAAGGAGAUCAAGGCGUUGAGGCUCAAGGUGAGGAACCAAUAGGAAGCAGGGGAGGUUGCGGCAACAGAGAACGUUUGUCUGAGGAGCCAAAUGAAGAAUAGGGAGGAGGGCUGAACGAUCUGAAGUAUGCCGCAGAAACCUUUGAGGCCGAGAAGGCCAUGGCUGUGAAUGGUGCCAAGGUCGUGGCUCGAUGGGAGCUGAUGCGGGAGUGGCUUUGUGGUCAGACCGAUAGCUGGGAUCCUGUGAAUACCCUAGAGCAGUACAAGACGGUGAAGAUCACCGAAGCAGAGCUUCUAGGACUCCCAGCUCCCUCCUUUGAAUAUGAGCCUCAGGUCCCUGGUGACGAGGAAGUGAAAAAGACGCCGGAGCCCGCUGCUGACGACCCUCCUGCCAACUGAUCUCGAUAUUUUGUUGUUCGUACUCCUGACCCCGCAGAGGUGUUUUAUUUUGUAACUGCCGUUGGUGAAGGCUUUAAAACUCUCGACCAGGCCUUUGUGCCUUUUUAUUUUGCUGUUUCAAACGAUGGCCCUGUUGUGGCCUUUUGAUUUAUGCUUUCCGGAUUUGCAUU